AUGAGAGGCGGAAGAAGUGAGAUAAUCGUCGCGGGAGUUAUCGGCAUCUUGUCUGCUGUUUACAUCAUGCAACCCAUUACCGACCGAUUACAAGCAGAAGCGGAAAAAAAGAAGGCUCAGGGCAAUGUUCAACAAACCUCGACCACUUCGAAGGACGUGACACCGACCUCCUCAAGCAAAUAG